AUGAAUUGGUACACUGGACGAGGGAUUUUUCUUGACCCUCCCACAGUCUUCAUGCAAAAUGGUGUUUGGAAACUCACAAUACCUGAAGUGAUGGAUUCUGGAAAGGUUGAAGAGAAAGAUAGAUUUUUUAGCUUGCGUGAUGAGCUUUUCUUCAAGAGCAGGGAUAGUUCAGAUCUGGCUGGUAGAUAUUCGACAUUCAUAUCACAACAGUUGUUGCUAGCUUCAGAACCAAGUGGUUUUACAAAGAUUGGAGCAUUGAUAAUAGAACCAGGCAAGUUUAUAAUAUGA